AUGGCAGAACCGGGAGAACUUGAUUGGAUGGAAAUCACUCGUGCUCUGACUGAACUGACACCAUUGACAGGGAAGAAACAGGGGGCAGGGAAACAGGAUGCACAAGGAGGGGUGGAAAGACAGGAGGAGGGAAAGAUGAAGACCGUGGGGAAGCAGACCGUGGGGAAGCAGACCGUGGGGAAGCAGACCGUGGGGAAGCAGACCGUGGGGAAGCAGACCGUGGGGAAGCAGACCGUGGGGAAGCAGACCGUGGGGAAGCAGACCGUGGGGAAGCAGACCGUGGGGAAGCAGACCGUGGGGAAGCAGACCGUGGGGAAGCAGACCGUGGGGAAGCAGACCGUGGGGAAGCAGACCGUGGGGAAGCAGACCGUGGGGAAGCAGACAGGCCGUGGGGAAGCAGGCCGUGGGGAAGCAGACCGUGGGGAAGCAGACCGUGGGGAAGCAGACCGUGGGGAAGCAGACCGUGGGGAAGCAGACCGUGGGGAAGCAGAUCGUGGGGAAGCAGACUGUGGGGAAGCAGACCGUGGGGAAGCAGACCGCACCUUGGGCGGCACGGUUCGUCUUAUCUUUCAGCCAGCAGAGGAAGGGGGGGCAGGGGGAAAGCGGAUGGUGGAUGGGGGGGCUCUCAAGGGCGCGUCUGCUGCCUUCGCGCUGCACGUAUCACCCAAGAUCCCAGCAGGCUAUGUGGGCAGUCGGCCCGGGAUGCUGCUAGCAGGGUCGGGGCGUUUCAACGCCACAGUGUGGGGCAAAGGGGGCCAUGCGGCCAUGCCUCAGUUCGCAGCAGACCCGAUCCUCGCUGCUGCUCACAUCGUGUCCAG